UUGAAGCUCUUCUUGUUCUUCGAUUUCUUUCCUUGCUUUGUAGUUUGUUUGGUGAAGACAAAAUAUAUAUAAAAAAAGGGAUGUUUAGGAAUUGAAAAAAACAUCAGUUCGAUUUUGUUUGUUUAGCGGACACAUAAGAUUUAGGGUUUGGAAUCCUUGUUUUAGGGUUCUUCGUUCCUGUUUGGCAUUUGAUCGAAUACUUGGUACAAACAACACUAUGGAGACCCAGAAUGAUCAAACACCGAAACCGGCCAUGACUUCAUGUAGGAGGAAGGUGAAGGAUGAUGCCACUUUCUUUGAGGACGUGAAAGAUCACAUUGAUGAGUUCAUACAUGCCUCAAUGGCUGAACACAAGACCUGUUUCCAAAAAACCAUCAGCAAGAUGUUUGGAUUAUCAAAGGCUGUCGCAGAGAAGCAAGCUGAGGAGGCUAAGGGAGUCGAGAGUCAAUUGCCUCUUCAGACGACAGUGUCCAAGUAAAAGACUAUAAAUGUUCUUUUCCAGCUGGGUUCCCUUGAAGAUACCAUGUCGUUGGUUUUUCUUGUUUAACAUCACAUCAGGUUUCUUUGUAUAUCAACUUUGUCAUGGUACGAUGCAUUUUAGCAUCUCCGUUCAAAACCGCUAGUUUUGGUAGUUAGUUA